UAUCCACACGUCAUUUGACAAGUAAGUUCUGACGUGCCGAGUAAGAUCGCCAGUAAAAUUGAGAAAUUCCCUUAAGUUGACCGUGGUGUAGUGAAUUUACUUUAGAAAUGCAAAUUCCCAACGAAUAUGUUUCUACGGCGGAAGAUUUUGCAGAUCAGGUGAUACGCAAAGGCAAGCAUGUGCUGCCAACGGUGGCGCGGCUAUGUCUCAUAUCCACCUUCCUGGAGGACGGCCUCCGGAUGUGGUUCCAGUGGUCUGAGCAGCGGGAUUACAUGAACAUGUCGUGGUCGUGCGGGACAUUCCUAGCGACUAUGUUCGUGAUAGUAAACUUGGUGGGGCAGCUGGGUGGCUGCGUGAUGGUGCUCGGCAGGCUGAAGGUGGACAUCGCGUGUGGUGUACUGUUCUUUAUCGUAGUUUUACAGACAUUCGCAUACAGCAUACUAUGGGACAUACAAUUCCUGUUGCGCAACUUGGCGCUCAUCGGAGCCCUACUGCUGGUGCUGGCGGAGGCCCGCGGCGAGCAGGGGCGCAGCCUCUUCGCGGGAGUCCCCAGUUUGGGAGAGAACAAGCCGAAGACGUACUUACAGUUGGCCGGGAGGAUAUUACUGGCUUUCAUGUUUAUAACGUUGCUGAGAUUCGAAUUGUCCUUCUUGCAGAUAAUUCAAGACCUCCUCGGCAGUGCUCUCAUGAUCCUGGUGACAGUGGGGUACCGCACCAAGCUGUCCGCUCUGAUGCUCGUGCUAGUGCUGACAGUUUUGAACCUGUACCACAAUGCGUGGUGGGCCGUACCGUCUUACAAGCCGUUGAGGGACUUUCUCAAGUAUGACUUCUUCCAGACAUUAUCAGUCAUCGGCGGGUUACUCAUGAUAGUGUCCCUUGGCCCGGGCGGGGUCAGUAUGGACGAGCAAAAGAAAAAGUGGUAAUACUGGCCUCGGGCCCCUUGACUAUAGACUGUGAGAUUGUGGUGCGACACGGUGACAGUGCGGGAACGGACAGAAUUGCAAUUGUUGUGUAUCCAUAGUGAUAUCAGUGGUUUGUUUUGCAUAGUGAUGUGAAUUGGGCAAGUUAACAACUCUCUUUUUCAAGCGAAAUUGAUACUUCUUAGAUGGAAUUUAAAAAGAAGCACAAUUCAAAACAAAUAUGUUAUAAAAUCUUUUAUUUGUGUUCCACUUGAAGACAUUCAAAAUGUCUAAAGAAAUUUAUGGAAAUUCCAAUAAUAUACACCAGUUGAUGUGAAGAUCUAUGUAUAUAGGAUGAUUAUGUCCAUCACUUCAUGAUAAUCUCUCUCUGUCCAAUAUGCUCAAUUUUAUAUUAAUUUAAAAAUGAUUUACCCACAAUUAUUUUUUUUUUAUAAAAUUGACUUUAUUUUGUCUUUAAAGAUAA